AGCGCAGCAGCAGCAACCAUGGCAGCUCCCAGCAGGAAGCAGACGUUGCGGUUUCUCAGCCAGUUGGGGGCUUUUAUUUUGACCCGGUUCGGGUUCUGGAACUGCUUCAGUAUGUUGAUGCUGUUUGCUGAACGAGCGGACUCGAAAAGGAAGCCAGACAUCCAUAUCCCGUACCUGUAUGUGGACAUGGGUGCAGCGGUGCUCUGCGCCAGCUUCAUGUCGUUCGGGGUGAAGAGGAGGUGGUUCGCCAUGGCCUCUGCCGUUCAGCUGGCUGUCAGCACGUAUGCUUCUUACAUCGGAGGACAAGUUUACUACGGCGACUGGCUUAAGGUGCGGAUGUACUCCAGAGCGCUGGCCAUCAUUGGAGGCUUCCUGGUUCUGGCCAGCGGCGCGGGGGAGGUGUACAGACAGAAAGCUCGCAGCAGAUCCCUGCAGUCCACGGGACAAGUCUUCCUGGGAGUCUACCUCAUCUGCGUGGUGUACUCCCUCCAGCACAGCAAAGAGGAUCGACAGGCCUACCUGAACCACAUCGUCGGAGGAGAGAUCACCCUGAUGCUGCUGGAGGUCCUGUUCGGGGUGCUGGCUCUGGCCUUCCUCUCCGGCUGCUACAUCCGCCUGGCGGCUCAGAUCCUGUCCGUCGUCCUGCCGCUGGUCAUCCUGCUCAUCGACGGAAACCUGGGCUACUGGCACAACACGUGUAAAGUGGAGUUCUGGAACCAGAUGAAGCUCAUCGGACACAACGUGGGCAUCUUCGGCGCUGUGCUGAUCCUGGCUACAGACGGUUGAAACCCCCCCCCCCCUCAGGCUCUCACAGAUAACUUUUAGAGACCGAGGUGUCUGCACAGGAUCCGACUGCUGACGACGACGUCACAGCCCGACUUUGUGUUCAAAGCUGGACGCUCCAGUGAUCUCUCAGGAUUCAAAACGCUCCACGAUGAGACUGUUGGAUGUAAACUCUCCGCUGUCUUCGCCUGCCAGUUGGUUAUUUUUGCUUUUGCAAGAAAAGAAAAAAAAAAAAACACUAGCUUUCUUUUUACAAUGUAAUAAUUUAUUCAGAUUCAUGUUUACAUUUGUAUUUCUGUUUUUCUCUUAAACAUGACGCUGAGCAUUGAUUUUUGUAUUUCUACAGGGAGAAUACACUUCUCUAAAAUCAAAGUCUUAAACUGUUUCCUUCUUGUUUUCUUUCAACACUUUUAGAAAUAAAGGGAAGGAACGUUGAUUUACGAGUUAUUGCAUAUCAAACCGUUCUGGCUGGUAUCACAACCAGUUUUUUUGGGGUUUUUUUUGUUACUUUUAAAUUUGGAAAUGCAGCAAAUUCAAAAAGCACAGGUUUGUACCUUCUGUGUAAACGAUUGUUUUAUGUCUAAAACUCAACACAGACACUUGAUUGUGCACUAAAGGCAGAGAGGUGUAGUCUGUGUUCAUGUAUUGUCAUCAUUAAAAUGAUUCUUUUCAAACGUU